AUGGCAGAGCGGCUGUCCCCCACGUUGGCUUGCAGAGAGUUUAUCAUGACGGCUUCCAGCGACACAGCCAUCCUGAUACAGAGCCCGAAGGGUGAAGUCCUGUCCAGCGUUAACGCUAACCAGAUGAACAACACCUACGCCAUGGUGUCGCCCUGCGGAAGGUUUGUGGCAUCCUGUGGCUUUACCCCCGACGUGAAGGUGUGCGAGGUGUGUUCUGGCAAGAACGGAGACUUCCAGGAGGUGACCAGGACUUUUGAGUUGAAAGGCCACACUGCCGCCAUCCAUUCCGUCUCUUUCUCUAACGAUGCGAGGAGGAUGGCGACUGUUUCGAAGGACGGGACGUGGAAAUCCUGAGACACAGACGUGGAAUAUAAGAAGCAACAGAAUCCACACCUGCUUCUGACGGGGAAGCGCGAGGUGAUGGAGCCUUGUCGCGUCGCCCUGUCCCCCGACGCUCGCAUCGUCGCCCUCUCCAGCAGCAUGGACAUUGCCGUGUACAACACAAGGAGAGGGGCGGAGGAGCACUUCCUCGCUGUGCACGCCCAGGCCAUAAGAGCCUUGGCUUUUGACACCAGCAGCCGCUACCUGGUCUCCUGUGGGGACCGCAAAGAGAAAUCCAAAUCGAGUAGCAGCGCUGCCCGAGAACCCAAUGGCUUCCCAGCUGACACCUCUGCCAACUCCUCUCUCCUCCUGGAGUUCCAAGAUGAGAACAGCAACCAGAGCUCCCUGUCGGACGUCUACCAGCUCAAGGUGGACAGCAGCCCCAACUCCAGCCCCAGUCCCCAGCAGAGCGAGUCCAUGAGUCCUGCCCACACGUCCGACUUCCGCACGGACGACUCGCAGCCACCCACACUGGGGCAGGAGACGCUGGAAGAGCCCUCCCUACCUUCCUCGGAGGUUGCAGACGAGCCUCCCACUCUCACAAAGGAAGAGCCGGUCCCCCUUGAGACUCAGGUAACUGAAGAGGAGGAGGACUCCAGUGCGCCGCCUCUGAAGAGAUUUUGUGCCGAUCAGAACUCUGUGUGCCACACGGCCUCGGAGAUUGCCUGGCUUCGGUUCGCUUGCGCGUUGCCAGUAAUGGUUUUCACUUCGGUUUACCCAAUCCGGCGUGUAAGCCGAAGCCAGAGGCGGAUGGUUUCCUUUGUCACGCUGCUGCGUGGAAUCGUUAAGCGUUUUUAA